AAGGGUCGAGCGAGGGAUUCUCUCGUCUCUGUAUUAUCGGGAAGUAACGGCGAUGGCCGCUGCUACCUCCGUCAGCUUAUGAGGUUCUCCCGUCCCUCUAUUACUUUCCUUUGCCGAAAGAAUUCAUCCCUCGAAGGUCCACUUUCUACCUUUUUCUCUCUCCUGUAUCGCAUCAAUAACAGGUCUUUCAUGGCCACUCCCAUCACUCAAACUCCCACGCCUCCCGUCGACUCCCAAGAGAAUCUUGACGACCUUAUCUGCUCUGAUGUCAGUCAUUCCUGUUUUCUCGAGCAGCAUCUCUCUUCUUCGUCUUCGUCUGAUUUACCUUCUCCUUCGUUUUCUUUGGGUUCUCCAAGUCGUUGCUUGAAUGGAGAGUGGCGUAUCGAACGAGCUUGGGCUCACUGGAAGAAAUUAGGGCAACCAAAGUUCAUUGUUGCUCCUAUGGUUGACAACUCUGAGCUUCCUUUCCGGAUGCUUUGUCGCAAGUAUGGUGCUGAGGCCGCCUACACCCCGAUGUUGCACUCCCGCAUAUUCUCCGAGACCGAGAAGUACCGCACUCAGGAAUUCACCACCUGCAAGGAAGAUCGUCCAUUAUUUGUCCAAUUUUGUGCAAAUGAUCCAGAUAUUUUGUUGGAAGCAGCAAGAAUGGUGGAACCUUUCUGCGAUUAUGUGGACAUUAAUCUUGGGUGUCCACAGCGCAUUGCCAAGAGGGGAAACUAUGGGGCUUUUCUAAUGGAUAAUCUCCCCGUCAUCAAGUCACUAGUAGAAAAAUUGGCUGUUAACCUUAAUGUUCCUGUUUCAUGCAAAAUCCGUAUCUUCCCAAAUUUACAAGAUACUGUCUCAUAUGCAAGGAUGCUUGAGGAAGCUGGGUGCUCUCUUUUAGCUGUCCAUGGUCGAACUAGAGACGAAAAAGAUGGAAAGAAAAUCCGAGCUGACUGGAAUGCCAUCAAGGCUGUAAAAAGUGCUGUCAGGAUACCGGUACUGGCAAAUGGAAACAUACGCCACAUGGAUGAUGUACACAGCUGUUUGGAGGCGACGGGUGCAGAUGGCGUGCUGUCAGCUGAGACUCUUCUGGAGAAUCCGGCUCUCUUUUCUGGGUAUCGGACUGCUGAUUGGGAAGAUGGCAGUGAUGACAGCAUGGUAGAUGCAGGACUAGACCAGGCAGAUUUAUGUAUCGAGUAUUUGAAACUCUGUGAAAGAUAUCCGGUGCCAUGGAGGAUGAUCCGUUCUCAUGUGCACAAGAUGUUAGGAGACUGGUUUAGGAUUCAGCCGCAUGUGAGGGCGGAUCUCAAUGCACAGUCUAUACUCACCUCUGAAUUUUUAUAUGAUAUGGUAAAUCGGCUUAAGGAGUUGGGCACAAGGGUUCCACUUUAUACGAAGGUUAGUGAUGCAGGAAGAAUUUCAGCAAAUGGACACAUUUAGUGCAGGAGUUUGAGCUUCUGACAGGAAGGUUUCAGGUGCUAAUCAAAUUGGAUACCUGGUGAAACUGGGACCAGAUAAUGCUGCCACAGUACUUUGUUUCUUGAAUUCAUUUAACUCUACGGCCCUCAUCAAUCUUUUUCUUCCAUUUAGAACUUUUAGUGUCCAUCUUGACUAGCACCUUGAUACAGUGACCUAGUGAUAUGAGAUGCUGUAAUGUUGGUGGUUGAGGAGAGGAGUCGAAUUGUAGCAGAAAAAAAGGGGA